GUCUGAGAAGACAAGCUGCUGUCGCCAUCAGCCAGGAGCUGAGCAAGCUCGCCUGCCGCAGCACGGGACCCAGCACGUGGAUUAACCAGGUUCGCAGAAGAAGCUCCUUGCUCAGCUCCAGGCUGGAGGAGAAGCCCUUCAGCGAGAUGGAAAUGUCUUAUAUCAAGCAAGGAGAGGAAGCCCUCCAGAAGUCACUCAGCAUCCUCGGGGACCAGGAUGGCUGGAAGACGGAGACGGUGGUGGAUAACGGAGACAAAGUGCUGAGCAAAGUGCUCCCAGACGUGGGCAAGGUGUUCCGACUCGAGGUGGUGGUGGACCAGCCCCUGGACACAGUGUACAGUGAGCUGGUGGACAACAUGGAGCAGAUGGGAGACUGGAAUCCCAACGUCAAGGAAGUCAAGAUUCUCCAGAAGAUUGGAAAGGACACAGUGAUCACCCACGAGAAGGCAGCCGCUACCCCCGGUAACAUUGUUGGCCCACGGGACUUUGUGAGCGUCCGGUGCUCUAAGAGACGCGGCUCCACCUGUGUCCUGGCCGGCAUGUCCACAAAAUACGGAGCUAUGCCAGAACAGGAAGGAUUUAUAAGAGCUGAGAACGGUCCCACAUGUAUGGUCCUGCGCCCGCUGCCUGGCAGCCCUUCGCAAACCAAGCUGACGUGGCUUCUCAGCAUUGACCUGAAGUUCAGCUCACGGGCCGUAUCUGCUCCUCUCCAGGGCUGGCUGCCAAAGACCAUUAUCAACCAGGUUCUGUCCCAGACGCAGGUCGACUUCGCCAACCACCUCCGGGGGCGCCUGGCCCAGACCGUGGCCGUGAACUGCUGA